AUGGCAGAAGGCCUGAUCCCUUAUGUUUACAGGACAAUCAAAAGGUCCAAGAGUCGCCGGAGAUACGAGUGUAUUACUUUGGGGAAGCCCCAAAGCUUGGAGACUAAUUACAGCAGAUGUGCCGAACUCAUCCCCACCAACGGGAACGCUCAUUUGGGGCCACCGCCGGAGAGGAUGGCAGGAGUACUUCAUGUAGAACACCCAGCUGAUCACCGACGAUGCAGAUCCGUCGAAGAUUUUUCCGGCGGAUUGCAUUCGCCCAACAAGGAGAAAAGGCCCGGUUCUUCUAAGGAGCUGGUGCGCUUCAGAAGUAAUAGUUUUCUGUCGUGUAUAAGUGGUGCGUAG